UUUUUAAACAACGUUUUGGAUUUUUGGAGGGAUAAAAAAGAGAAAAUAAUAGAGAUAGCCCAAUCUGGCAACCUGUCAGGUUGUAAGGCUGAACUCAUUGCGCGUGGGCGUGUCGUGAACAACCAAUCAGACAUCGUUUCCACAAAGUUGCCUUUAUAGCCCAGAUUACAACGCUAUAAGGAGAGGAAGCAGCUCACACACGUCAACACACUUACACACUUACACACACACACACACCUACACACACAUGUGAGUCCAGAGGACGGCUGGAGAUCCGUGUGGGCCACAUGGAGAAAUCAAAAAACUUUCGCAUCGACGCCAUUCUGGCCGUGGAGCCUCCGAAAGCCCAGACUUCACCCCUGGCUCUGGUCACCUCACUGUCCAGUUCAUCCUCCACCUCUUCAUCAUCCUCGGGAAGAAGAAGCGUCCAGGGUUCGGAUCUCUUGAACUCUCCUUCAGCCAUGGUGGGACUCCAUCCUCCGAGCAGUGCUCUUUACCACCCGCACAUGUUCUCCUACCCUCUGGGACAGCCGCCUGUGCUCUCUUACCCCUACCCUCCUCUUCCUCAUCAUGAGGAGCCCCUCAAGCUGCCCCCUGGUUCCCUGCAGCUCGAUCACUGGCUGAGGAUCUCCACCGCCGGGCUCGCGCUCCCCAAACUUCAACCUGACUUCAACCCUCAGGCUCAUCAGUCCACACUGCUGGGGAAAUGUCGGAGGCCGCGCACCGCCUUCACCAGUCAGCAGCUGCUGGAGCUGGAGCAUCAGUUUAAACUCAAUAAAUAUCUGUCCAGACCCAAACGCUUCGAGGUGGCCACGAGCCUCAUGCUCACCGAGACCCAGGUAAAAAUCUGGUUUCAGAACAGACGCAUGAAGUGGAAGCGCAGCAAAAAAGCGAAAGAACAAGAAGCAGCUCAGGAAGCUGCCGAGAAACACAAAGGAACCAAAGGGAAGGAGAAGAGCGAGCAGCCCGAUUCGGCUAAAGGCAGCGGCAGGCUGAAAGACUUCAGGGACAGUGAUGAUGAUGACGAUGAAGCGGACUCGUACAUGUGCAAUUCCUCUGAGUGCUCCUCGGAGGAUGAGAGAACCCACAUGAGCCCUCAACCCUGAGACCCCGAGCCUUUCCGUCCCCAUCA